AAAACAAAAUAAACUCAUUUCAAAUGAAAUAUUUAACCUAGCAUCUAAUAGAAACAUCAAUUUUAUCAUCCAUUAAUUUCCUUCAACUUUCUCAGGUAAAAGAUGAAGGCAGCAAUACCAAUGGCUUCAGGAAAUCUCACAUGGGUGACUGAGUUCAUUCUUGUGGGAGUCUCAGAUGAUCCUGAGCUCCAGAUUCCUCUCUUCCUGGUCUUCCUGGUGCUCUAUGUGCUGACGGUGGUAGGGAACCUGGGCAUCAUCACCCUCACCAGUGUUGACUCUGGACUUCAAACCCCCAUGUACUUUUUCCUCCGACAUUUGGCUAUCAUCAAUCUUUGCAAUUCUACUGUCAUCACCCCUAAAAUGCUGAUUAACUUCCUGGUUACCAGGAAAACCAUAUCUUACUAUGGAUGUGCAGCCCAACUGGGUGGAUUCUUGGUUUUCAUUGUGGCUGAGAUUUUCAUGCUGGCUGCAAUGGGUUAUGACCGCUACGUGGCUAUUUGCAACCCUCUGCUUUAUGCAGUAGUGGUGUCUCCAAAGGUAUGUCAUCUGCUGGUGUCCCUCACAUACCUUCAGAGUCUUAUCACAGCACUGACUGUCUCUUCCUGUGUGUUCUCUGUGUCAUACUGUUCUUCCAACAUCAUCAACCAUUUUUACUGUGACGAUGUCCCUUUGCUAGCAUUGUCCUGUUCUGAUACCUACAUUCCAGAAACAGCAGUGUUUAUCUUUUCAGGGACCAAUUUGUUUUUCUCCAUGAUCGUUGUUCUGAUAUCCUACUUCAACAUUGUUAUUACCAUUUUGAGGAUACGUUCCUCAGAAGGACGACAAAAAGCCUUUUCCACGUGUGCUUCUCACAUGAUAGCUGUGGUUGUGUUCUAUGGGACUCUCCUUUUCAUGUAUUUGCAACCAAGGAGUAAUCACUCAUUAGAUACUGACAAAAUGGCCUCGGUCUUCUACACCCUGGUCAUACCUAUGCUGAACCCCCUAAUUUACAGCCUAAGGAACAAAAACGUGAAAGAUGCACUAAAGAGAUUCCUAGAUAACCCAUGCCGAUCACUCAAACUAAUGUAA